GCGCAUCCGGGUCACGCUAACGCCGCGGUUUCCUCCACCCGCUUGGUUCUGCUGUGGGUCUGGACCGGCCCCUAUGUCCGACUGUGGGGCCUCUGCAGCUUUCGGACUGUGAAGACUGCUGAGAGACAUUUGUGAUCCAGUCACGUAAGUGUAAUAGAGAAAUAUUGGUCCUCAUGGAGGAAGAGCAAGAUUUACCAGAGCAACCAGUUAAAAAAGCCAAGAUGCAGGAAUCGGGAGAGCAAACUUUAAGUCAAGUAAGCAACCCCGAAGUCAAUGAUCAGAAACCUGAAACUUCAAGCCUUGCUUCAAACCUUACCAUGUCAGAUGAAAUUAUGACAUGCACCGAUUACAUCCCUCGCUCAUCCAAUGAUUAUACCUCACAAAUGUAUUCUGCAAAACCUUAUGCACAUAUCCUCUCAGUUCCUGUUUCCGAAACUGCUUAUCCUGGGCAAACUCAGUACCAGACACUACAGCAAUCUCAACCGUAUGCUGUCUACCCUCAGGCAACCCAAACGUACGGACUACCUCCUUUUGGUGCAUUGUGGCCAGGUAUGAAACCUGAAAGUGGUUUAAUUCAGACUUCAUCUCCAAGUCAACACAGUGUUCUUACCUGCACUACAGGGUUAACCACAAGCCAGCCAAGCCCAGCACAUUAUUCUUAUCCCAUUCAAGCUUCAAGCACAAAUGCCAGCCUGAUAUCCACUUCAUCUACAAUUGCCAAUAUUCCAGCAGCAGCAGUUUCCAGCAUUUCAAACCAGGACUAUCCCACCUAUACUAUCCUUGGUCAGAGUCAGUACCAGGCCUGCUACCCUAGCUCUAGCUUUGGAGUCACAGGCCAGACUAACAGUGAUGCUGAGAGCACCGCAUUAGCAGCAACCACAUACCAGACAGAGAAGCCUAGUGUCAUGGUACCUGCGCCUGCAGCACAGAGACUUUCCUCUGGAGACCCUUCUACAAGCCCAUCAUUGUCCCAGACUACACCAAGUAAAGAUGCCGAUGACCAGUCUAGGAAGAACAUGACUGGAAAGAACCGGGGCAAGAGGAAAGCUGAUGCCAACUCUUCCCAGGACAGUGAAUUAGAACGGGUAUUUCUGUGGGACUUGGAUGAAACCAUCAUUAUCUUCCACUCCCUUCUUACUGGAUCCUACGCCCAGAAGUAUGGAAAGGACCCAACAGUAGUGAUUGGCUCAGGUUUAACUAUGGAAGAAAUGAUUUUUGAAGUGGCUGAUACGCACCUGUUUUUCAAUGACUUAGAGGAGUGUGACCAGGUGCAUGUGGAAGAUGUGGCUUCUGAUGACAAUGGCCAAGACUUAAGCAACUACAGUUUCUCAACAGAUGGUUUCAGUGGCUCAGGAGGCAGUGGCAGCCAUGGCUCCUCUGUGGGCGUACAGGGAGGUGUGGAUUGGAUGAGAAAACUGGCUUUCCGUUACCGAAAAGUGAGAGAAAUCUAUGAUAAGCAUAAAAGCAACGUGGGCGGCCUUCUCAGUCCCCAGAGAAAGGAAGCACUGCAGAGACUACGAGCAGAGAUCGAAGUUUUAACAGAUUCCUGGUUAGGAACUGCAUUAAAGUCCUUACUUCUCAUCCAGUCCAGAAAGAAUUGUGUGAAUGUUCUGAUCACUACAACCCAGCUGGUUCCAGCUCUGGCCAAGGUUCUCCUAUAUGGGCUUGGAGAAAUAUUUCCUAUUGAAAACAUCUAUAGUGCUACCAAAAUUGGUAAAGAGAGUUGCUUUGAGAGAAUUGUGUCAAGGUUUGGAAAGAAAGUCACAUAUGUCGUGAUUGGAGAUGGACGAGAUGAAGAAAUUGCAGCCAAACAGCACAACAUGCCUUUCUGGAGGAUCACAAACCAUGGAGACCUCGUGUCCCUCCACCAGGCUUUGGAGCUUGAUUUUCUCUAAGAACUGGAAUGAAGAACCUUCCCCAUGAGAUCCUUUUCACUCCUGAAGGGAGCUGGAGACCGGAACCAACUGGGAACUCUGUCACUCUCUCUCUCUCUCUCUCUCUCUUUCUCCCUGGAAUGCUGGCGAGAACACAAUCAGAACCAAUAGCUGCAAGGGAUGAAGCUUAGAGUUUUGCUAAGAAUGAGCUGCAGCCCCGUGUGUUCAUCCUUGUGCAGAAGCAGGAGACAGUUGGAUUGAGAGAACAGUAGACUCACUGCAGCUACAGUGCUUUUAAUUCUUCUGGGUUUUUUGUUUUGUUUUGUUUUAUGUUGUUUCAAAAAAUGAAGAAAAAAAAGGAAAUUCUUGGGGCAGAGUUGCACUCUUCGUCCAUGACCUGAUUGAGAACUGCUGUUAACUUGUGAUAGGAUAAAUGUGGCCGACUUUUGUAAUAACAUCUCUUGCAGUCUUUAUAAUCUCCUUAGCUGUAGAACAUACUCCCAGUGAAUGUAUAUGUAAUUUUUAUAGGUAAGGGGUCUGGUCUCUGAAGCAGGUUUUCCCUCCUUUUUCUAGCCAGAAAGGGGUGUAUAAAGUUUCCUUGGAAAAUAGUAAUUGAGCUAUCUAAAAUACCUCUCUGUGACGAUAGCACCUCUGUCGCUGCUCCAGUGGUUUGCUGUCUAGGAUGGUUUCCCUCCUGUUCUUCCAUCUCCUAGUUUGCUGAACUGUGGGGCACUAGACACUGAUUAACUCUAGACUUUGUUAUUUCCCGUCCUAGAAGCUUUAGUCCCCUUUUUAAUCCCACUUCCCCUUUAACCAAAUGGCACAAUCUUGGAAACUCCUUCUCUUAGACAGUAAAUGCUAAGCCUUCAGCUUGACUCUUAUUCAAAGACAAGGCCCUGGGGGCUUACCUCCAAAGGAGAGAAGGGACUAAGGCUUCAUGUGAAUUUCCUCUUCGUGUGAAUUUCCACUUCUUAGGUUCUUGAAACAGGAAUAUUCCACUUUUCCCCCUGCCAGAAGCACUCUUCCCCCAACAGAUGCUCACCCUUGUAGCCUUCUCUUCCUUCUUAGACAUCAGUGUAGGCUCUUGUCCCUUUCCUGCCCUGUGUACUUCACAGCCACCUCCAUUCAGCUCUGGCCAAUCCCUAGCCUUUGGACCCAAAAUGUCAAAUUAAGCCUAAGAACUCAUAACUACAUUUUGGGCAAAACUGUCAAUGUACUUGACUUACUUUAAAACCUUUAAGUCCUAUGAAGGGUAUUCUGGGCCUAUAUUUACCCAGAUCUCUGAAACUAAAGAGGAGAUUGCUUUGAUCAACACCCAUUUUUCCCAUGGUACAGCCUUCCCACAUCUCAAAUCUCAAUCUGAAAUGGGAAAUCAGAAGCCAGAACGACUUUCCUGUUUUAAAUGAAGUUGCUGGACCCUCUCCUCCAUGCCUGGGCCAAAUGCAGGAACAUCUCCCAGCCUGACCUCUGGGAAGAUUGGUGGGUGCAAGGCACUAGUCCCAGCCUUCUAUCCCAACUGUGUUUGUGGAUGCUCCAUCCCUCCAAGACCACCCCAGGCAUCUGCUAAGGAAGGAUAAACUCCUCUGGAGCUGAGGAAGUUCAGCCCCUCCCAGGCUGCAGUGAGGAGUGACUAUAUAAGCACCUCAGAGAGAUGUAGUCUGGCUUUUCAGUAGGAGGCAUCCUUUACCAACCUGUUAAACUUCUUUAUGCCCAGAGAUUCUUCAUACCCAUUUCCAGAGAUGUUGCAGCACACAGAGGCCAGACUCCUCCCAAGUCCAGGCCACCCAUACAGCAGGGAAAGGCUGUUUGUGCGCAUUCCUUCAGAACUCAUUGAGAAACUGCUUUAGGACUUACAACUUUAGGGAAGAGGUUUCUGGAGAGGAGUUGAAGUCAAUGUUCAUUACUUAGCUGCUGCUUUGGACUUGUUUCCAUUGAUGGCUUGGGAGUGGGGGGCAGUUACGUAGUCUGAGGCAGACCUUGCCUUGGUCUAAUUUCAGCACAGCUGCCCAGAUGCUGUUCUGCCUUGCUUAAUAAUUGAUCUUAGAAAGCUCUAGGGUGGUCUUUUCUUCAGUCCCCAAGCUCUCUACCUACCAGCAGUAUAACUGUUGGUUUCCUGCCCUGGACAUAGGCUACCGGGUGGGUGCUUUGCUUCAGGCUUUUGAGGCUGUGGAGUGGUACCCCCAUUAUGCACACAGAUACCCCCACCUCCCUGCCCUUUGGGAAAAGCUCUUUAUUCCUAGACUAUGACUCAGACCCCUCUUUCAAUGGCCUUUUCCCUCCUGCCCUGACUGCCCAACCUAGGUGUUUGCAAAAGGAACUUGAAAUUGACCAAGAGAGGAGAGGAAGCUCUCUGAGCAGAGCCACAUUUGCUCUUUUCUGGUUGUUGCCGCCCUCAUUUAGACGGCAGGCAGAAAAUGGGACCUGGCUUCUCUUUGCCAAAAUGAAUUGUCCAGGGAACACAGUGCUCUUCUUUUACCCUGUGUUUUCCUCCUCCCCAGCACAAAGAUCUGGAAAGGAAAAUAAGUGGGUAGCACCAAGAGCUCUUGGGAGCUGAGGGCCCAAGGACACUAGCGGUCCUUUCAUCAAGGGGGAAGCCCUCUUUACUAAAGAGUCCCCGUGAAAUUAGCCACAUGAUGAACCCUUCCCCCAGCUGGGGACUGUGGGUUCUAUAAGAUGGGUCUGCACAUUUCGUGGUGAGGACUAUCUCUAGUGAGGGAUCUGGAGUUUUCAAGUGUGGGUUUAAGAGGUGGCUUGACUUUCGAAUGUAAAACUGACUGUGCCUUAGCAUCACCCUGUCCAGUCCCCCUGGGGCAGCUGGUGAUGU